AUGGAUCUCGCAUCGUCCCUUCAAUUUGUCGCCGUCGCCCUCGUGUUUUACAUCGUCUACGGCGCCGUCUACCGGCUGUACUUCAGCCCCAUUGCAUCGUUUCCCGGUCCAAAGCUUGCUGCGCUGACCUUCUGGUAUGAAUUCUAUUACGACGUGGUCAGGCGUGGAAGAUACACAUGGAAGAUCGCGGAGCUGCACAAGAAGUACGGACCGAUUGUGCGCAUCAAUCCACGUGAGAUCCACAUCAUCGACCCAGACUUCAUCGAUGAACUGUAUGUUGGUGCGAGCAAACGGAAAACGGAUUUGUGGUCCUGGACUGUACCUAUGCUUGGAACACCAAACAGCAUCCUAGCCACAGUCGACCACGAUCUUCAUCGUCGCCGCAGAAACGCGUACGCUACUUUCUUCUCUAAGCAAUCGAUCAGGAAUUAUAGUAGCGUCAUACAGGCAGCAGUCGACAAAUUAUGCCUGAGACUGCGCGAGAGUUCGAAGUUCGGCAAGCCAGUGAACUUGUUGCAUACAUACUCCGCCAUGACAGGUGACAUCGUGACCGGAUAUUGCUUUCCUGAAUCGUACGGCCUCCUCGACAAGCCAGACUAUGGUGCCGAAAUCUAUGAGCUCUUCGCAUCUACAUUAGCAAACGUACACAUCCUCAAGCAUUUUCCAUUGCUAUUACCCCUCUUACUAGCCCUUCCAGAAUGGCUUGUUCAAUUUCUCGUGCCAGAUUUUGCAACCACUUUCCGAUGGCAGCGAGAAUGGGUGAGGCAGAUCAAUGCAAUCAAAUCUGGAGCCGACGAUGAAAAGGACAGAGCAGGGACGCCGAGCAUUUUCCGGACACUCCUCGAUGCAGAUCUCCCUCCAUAUGACAAGUCGGCAUCUCGUCUCAUGGAAGAUGCGCAGACACUGCUGGGGGGUGGCUCUGUGACGACCAGUAUGGCACUUGCGCUUGCCACAUACUAUAUUUUGUCAGAUGACCAUGUCUUGAGGACCCUCACAGAUGAGCUGGCCACGGCCAUACCCGAUCCAGCCCAUCCACUGCCCUUGGUGGAGUUGGAGAAGCUGGAAUAUCUGACUGCCACCACAUUCGAGACGCUGCGCAUCAGUCACGGCGUCAGUCAUCGGCUGCAGCGAGUGUCGCCUGACCAGUCGCUGCGCUAUCACGAUUGGAUCAUACCCGCGGGAACCCCCGUUAGCAUGACAUCGGUCCAUAUACACAACAACGUGGAUAUCUUUCCCGAACCUCAUCUCUUCAAGCCCGAACGUUGGCUUCCACUAGAGACGGAAGGACGUCGGCUGCAAAAAUAUCUCAUCGCUUUCAGCAGGGGGUCGCGACAAUGUUUAGGCAUGAACUUGGGAUCCGCUGAGCUGUACUUGGGCUUAGCUGGAGUGUUCCGAACUCUCGGACAUAGUAUGAGAGUUGUCGAUACGGUAAAGGAGAGGGAUGUGGACAUCUGUCGUGACAUUUUCACGCCUGCUAUGAGGGAAGAUACUACUGGGAUUAAAGUUGUGAUAGGGGAGUAG